AUGGCCGCUCUUCCAGACUACUAUGCAAUCCUCAAGAUCGACUCCAAGGCAACGACGGCCGAUAUACGUCAGGCAUAUCGCAAAGAGUCACUACGCUCCCAUCCUGACCGGCUGUCACCCGACGCAACAGAAUCAGAGCGACGAGCCAAGACGGCAGAGUUCCAAAAGGUAGCAGAUGCCUACUAUGUCCUCUCUGAUCCCCAGCGCCGGAGGGAGUACGACGUAGAAUAUCGACAGCGACCCUCCAGGUCGACAUCAGAGCAGUCGAGCGCAGACUUCUUCAAGUCCUUCUUCGCUUCCGCUACGGGAACGCCCGGCGCAUCGACCAGCUCGACAGGCGACCAACAACCAGAUCCAGAUGGUAUCUUUGGCAAUGUCUUUGAGGACCUGCUCAGGCCAGAGGUUGAACACCACAUGCCACUCUAUAAGUAUCUUGGCAUGGGCGCGGGUGCGGUUAUCGGCUUCAUUCUAGGCAAUAUACCAGGAGCUGCUAUCGGUGGCUACGGUGGCGGUAGAUUAGGCUCCAUUCGGGAUGCAAAGGGUAGAAGCGUCAUGGCCGUUUUCAAAGAUCUCGAUGCCGUCCAACGCACUGCCAUCAUCCGAGCACUCGCACUGAAAGUACUCGGUUCCGCCCUAGCCUGA